AACUUGCCGUAGCGACAUUAGAUCCCUGUUUUGAAAUGUCAUAUAAUUCAUGCGAAUGUUCUGAAAUAGAUCUGAACAAUAAGGAGAAUGGAAAAUAUAAAGAAGGAAAACUAUACAGAGCUCGCUAUAGUAGUAGUAAAUACAUCUCUGAAGUUGGUCAUAUCUCUGAAGUUGAUCAUAUCUCUGAUAAUGACGUUCAAGAGGUU